GAAGAAUAGUGUAGUAUGCGGUGGUAGUUGAUUGGUUUCAUUUUCCUCGGUCGCGGUUUCAAAAACGCAUUUUAUAAGUUUAUUAUUUUGUUUAAUUUACCUCGAGCGUGAAUUGCAUCUAAACUGAAAUCGCUGAAAAUAGUGUAUAGUGGAAAAAUCAUCAUGCAAGAUCAAAUAAAAUAAGGAAAUGUUAUCUAUAGAAAGACUCAUUUAGUUGAAAGAACAUUGAUGGUAGGUUGAAGAUGGAAAAGAAGCGAAUAAUGUGUGUUGUGUGAGUGAGAGCGAAACCGGGAGACUUGUGUCGAGUUUUUCAUGCAAGAGCUGUCAAAGUAAAGACGAACAUCAUCGCAGCACACAUUUUUACGGGUCUCUUGUCGUCUUUUGCCAAAAGAAGGAAAAUUCCCGACGUUUUUAGCUUUUUUCAAUCUCGUAGCAAGGUGGUUCACGGACGGCCGGUGAAAAUUGUAAAUUUUGUCGAAAUUAGUGUGGUUUUCUUUUUUGUUCAUUUUUUUAGUUUUGCGGUCAGUGGUUUUCGGAAUAAAUUCUGAGUUGCAUAAGUUAAAACGCCAGAUCGCAGUUUCUGGGAGGAAGAAUAAGUAUUUCCUGUUGGGUGAUUGUCAGUAAAAAGCCACAUUCAGUAGACAAGCGAAAUUCGUCAGCAGCGGUGUGGAAGGCAAAAAAUGAAUGCAAAAUCCGACACCAAUAGGCAUGUACUAACUAUCCAGGCGAAAAAGAAGCGUCAUAAGACGGGAAAAAGAAAGGCUAAACAACAGGCACAGCAAGUAGCAGCACAAGCGGCCGCGACAGCUCAGCAGCAACAGAGUCAGUUGUCUCCUGAUAAUGAGAUGAAUCCGGUUCCGGCGAUUGACAAUCAACACCAGCAGUAUUCGAGCUUAGCAAGCAGCAACAAGAAAAAUAGCAGUUCCCACGAAUCGAUUGAUGACCGAGAUGAGGACCGGUUUCUCGACGAUGCCGCUGGAUACAGCAGUGAUGAAAGAGAAGGAGAACAAGAGUGUCGUGAAGAUUAUUGCCGUGGAGGCUAUCAUCCGGUUAAACUAGGAGAUUUGUUCCUGCAGAGAUAUCAUGUCAUCAGGAAACUGGGCUGGGGUCAUUUUUCCACUGUGUGGCUAAGCUGGGAUCUGGAAGAAAAACGAUACGUAGCGCUUAAAAUCGUUAAAUCUGCGCAGCAUUUUACAGAUACGGCUAAGGAUGAGAUUCAGAUUUUAAAAUCAAUACGAAACGCCGACCCAGAUGAUCCGAAGCGAAACAAAACGGUCCAGUUACUUAAUGAUUUUCGAAUUACUGGUGUCAAUGGGACGCACAUUUGUAUGGUGUUCGAAGUUUUGGGGCACAAUUUGUUGAAGCUGAUCCUGAAGAGUAAUUAUCGUGGAAUUCCGUUGUCGAACGUGAAGUCGAUCAUCCGACAAGUGCUAGAGGGAUUGGACUAUUUACACACCAAGUGCAAGGUAAUACAUACCGACAUUAAGCCGGAAAAUGUAUUACUGUGUGUCGACGAGACCUACAUUAGAAAGUUGGCUUGUGAGGCGACAGAAAUGCACACAAUGGGAUGCCGACUGCCGUACUCUUUGAUUUCAGCUGCUCCCCCACAGUUCCAGGAACAGCCACUUAGCCAAAAUAUGAGUAAGACUAAGAAGAAAAAACUAAAGAGGAAAGCCAAAAUGCAAUCGGAAUUGAUUCGUCAACAAAUGGAGCAUAUUCAACAGCAAGAAUUUGGAACAGCUGGGCCUCUACUGGAAAACGGUGCUAGCGAAGAGGCGGACUUGAUUUUGACCAAGAAAAAAGACCAACAGGAUAACCGUGAUGAUUGUGAAUCUCCAAUUGUAUCUCCGGAAAGCCCUCGAAUGUUACUACUAAAUGGUGAUCAAUCCGGUACCGGUUCUGGUUCGUCUGGCGAUGAAGACGAGGCUCCUGCGAAAGCAACUGUGAGUAAUGUAGCAUCAAACGCUUCCCCCAACUCAUCCAGUCCGGAUCAGUCUACUUCCAACAACAAUGACGAUUCAGUGUUGAAAAAAGCGUCAUCUUCCUCAAUCCCUACUGCUUCAUCAUCGCAACCAACAUCCACUAGCGGUGGCGGCAAACUGGACAUCAGCGAAUCGAUGCGAAAAAUUUUAUCUCGAGUGAAAGAACGAAAAGAUCCAGCUUUUGAGGUGUGCGAUGUGGAGGUGAAAAUCGCAGAUUUGGGUAACGCUUGCUGGGUAGACAAACAUUUCACGGAAGAUAUUCAGACGCGUCAAUAUCGCUCGCUAGAGGUUAUCAUCGGUUCUGGUUACAACACUUCGGCAGACAUCUGGAGUACGGCUUGUAUGGCGUUCGAAAUGGCUACUGGCGACUAUUUAUUCGAACCACACUCCGGUGAUAACUAUUGUCGGGAUGACGACCACAUCGCCCAUAUAAUAGAAUUAUUGGGGCCAAUUCCGAAGCGAAUUGCUCUAUCAGGUCGGAUGUCCAAUCAUGCUUUUAAUUCGAAAGGUGAGCUUCGAAAUAUCUCUGGUCUGAAACCUUGGGGUUUGGUCGACGUAUUGCGGGAAAAGUACGAGUGGAGCUUGGAGGAUGCGAUUGAAUUCAGUGAUUUCCUUAGCCCGAUGUUAAAUUACGAUCCGAAAACGAGGGCCACUGCCUCUGAGUGUUUGCAGCAUUCGUGGUUGAAGCAUUGAAACGUUACUUGUGCCGCGUGUGUCCGACUGUGAGCUUGUGUGAGAAAUGAAAAAUUGUUAAACAGUUGCGCUAAAAAGUGACAACAAUUGCGAAAAAAACGAGAUGAGAAGGGUAAAGGAAUGUUCUGACGGUGAUACAAAUAGAGGAGCCAUAAAUGAUAUUGCAAGUGGAUAGACGGAAACGGUGGAAGUAUGCAUUUGUGAAUAGUGAAUUGAUAAGAAAGGACUGAUAUAAAAGGGGCCGACCAAGACGGCACUAAGGAUAACAAAAAAUGAAGUAGAAAAAUUAACUAUUUGCGGACUGCAAACGACUACAGCAGACUAUGCAGCUAGAGAAGAUCUUCAUAGUGAAUUUGCAACAAAUGAACUGUUGCCACGAGAAUUUUUGCUGAGAACUUUAAAAUAACAAUAAAAGGAAAAGGUUAAAUCACCAAAAGAAAAAAAAUAACGAAUGAUUGUAUGAACCUCUACAAAGGAAUAUACAAAAGAAGAACAUUGGCAUAUGAUAGACUCAAAUGGUUGCUAAAAGAACAGAGCUUUUCCCUGCUGCUUUGAAACAGGCACUUUUCAGUAAUACAAAUGUGGAAGUAAAUGCUGGUAACCUACUUUGUACAUUACCUUUCAUCCUCCGCUUGCUCUGGCGAUUCCGGCCAAACCGGCAGCGGGGUAUGACAUUAUUAUACCACAAAACUUUUCUCUGCUAGACCUCAAUGGGAACGCAUACAAUGACCAACUGUAGGAUAAGGGAGAUUGGUCAGUUGUCAUACAGUUCAGUGUGAUUUAAAAUGAAACUCUCCCUCCCUAUUGCUAACCAAAGGACGUUGUUUGUAUUUAGCCGAACAAGUUGCAAGACACAAUGGGAAGAUAACACUGCAAACAAACUGCGACCAAUUUCCUGAUUUGUCACUUAAGUUGGCUUUGGAGGGAGUAAUCAGUUGAACAGUUUUUAGGGGGGAGGUUGAGUUCCCUAAAUGAUUUGCGACGAUAAAACAAAUAUCAAACAAAAUAACAAUAACGUUAAUAAGUUAUAGUAGUUAGUUGGAUGAGAUGAUAAAUUCCGUGGCAAAGUUAGUGGAAACUGUGUAAUCCUAUAAUGUUGAUAGACAAAAACAUUGAGAUAGAAAACGUGGAAAUUAUGUCACAUACAGGCACUUUUUAAAUGAUUAUAACUUAUUAGGAAAAAAAGCAAACAUAAGUAGCUUUGCAUAACAUUCGUACGUAGUGAAAGAUGUACACAUUCGUACCCAUUCACGCAUUACAAAAUACCCAUGUACACAGACGGACAGAGAAAGCCUUGCACGAUCAUCUAAACGCAUACCUAAAUCCCAACGCAUAUACCUAAACUCGUAACGUAUUAGCUAAUAAUAGAGAAUAUAAAUCGGCACGGCGUCGAAGUUAUAGUCUCUUCUUGAGGUCGUCACUAUGAACAGACAAGUAAGGGGGCGCUUAACAUUAGAAUCUGCUUGUUUGCAUUUUUUCAUUGCAAUCGAACAAGAUGCCCAUUAAAAAGCGUUCGAUAACUUCAAGAAUAAGUCCGACGAUUUGUUCACUUGUUUUGAAAAGAGUAAUUUAAAUAGGUCUUCUGUACUUGGGAAUUAACCCUAAGAAACCAUAAGAACAGCUGUGUGCCUAUUUCUGUGACUGAUUCCAGAAGCCAGUCACUGCAGAUAAUAUGUUUAUACCACACCGGUCUAACUUGCAUAAUAUGCUUAUAGUCAAAUAUUUCAGUGCUUAAAUUGUCAGUCUGACGUAUGCGUUAUACUUUUUUAACAUUUCAUGGUGCAGCCUUCCAUUACUAUAUCUUCAAAUAUCUCAUCCAAGAAAUGUAUAUUUUGGUCAUGUAGGAGAAUUCACACCACUAGGCUAGUGAGUUUCAGUAGAAAAAAAUGAGAUCAUCGGAAUGCGUUAUAAAAUAUUCAGCGGAAAGAGUGUAUUUUAUGGCUAGGGGUUUCGCACAUCGUUUAUUUGAGAUGGAGAUGAUAUCGUAAAAUAUAAUUCUAUAUUCAUUUGGCUGAGUUUGGCCAACUGUUUAUAAUAGUUGACUAAAACUUAAGCAACUCUGAUGUCCAGAAGAUAUCUGCCAGCAUCAACUUGAUACGUUAAGAUUAAUGGCAUUAGCAACAUUAGUUGAAAGCUAACAGUAAACGAAAGUCAGAUUUCGGUUUAAUCUGUAUUUGACUAGAAGAAAAGAAUUAAACGGAUUUCUUUUUCGUUUUCUCUGUAAUAUCCUUUUUUUUGCUAUACAGAAAAAAUGACUGACAAUUGGGAUGUAGUAUAAACUACUUGUACAAAUGCAUAAUGACGAUCUCAAAAAAUAAAAAAAAGAACGUUGACCGCGUGCCAGGUCAUAGGACACAUCGCCGUUGUCAAACCUGAAAACAAAAUUUAAGGUUAACGCAAAAUUAUAUGGGUUCGAAAGUAAGGACGCAGCGUCUGCAAGGUAGGAAAUAAUAUGUUUUUAUAGCAAAUAAUAAACAUCCCAACCAACUACCAAACACAACAAACAAGGCCUGCAUAAAGUCAGUAGAAAGCCAACACAAGUCGCGGCGCGACAGCAAAAAAAGGCUUUAAUAUCACUACUUUCCCUCGUUUUCCACAUUCUGUUCUGUCCGUUCGUAGGCAUAUAACUAUAUAUAAUUGUUGGUUAGUUUAUGGACGAUUACUCACAGGCUAAAAUAGAACACAUGGCAUAGUAUAAGACAUCAAGCUACCACUAAGUUGCCAUGGUUUUUGAGAUGUGGAACAACAGCAGAAUUUUUAUUGAAAUGAGAUUUUAUACACUUAUAAAACAGCAAACAACUACUACUAUCCAGAACAGACUUAACGGUUUACUCGAUAGGAAAGGUCUCGUCACACACAGAAUAUUGCAUUGCAUGUACAGGAAAGACAGUGAAGCAAAAUCACGUGGUAAAAAAUCAGCGAAGGUGACAGCAGGGGUACUAUUGAACUAUACCCUGGCGAAUUACAUUAUAUUCAAUGGAAGUAAGCGCAUGUUAUAUCGAUUAUACAUACCUAGAUAAGAAGUAGAACAACAGAGUCAGAGCCAGAACGAUGAAGUGUUUGUUUUUCUUUCUUACUGUUUAAUCUAUUUAUUUUGAACAACGGAGACUUGAGGCGUGUGAAAGCUGUAAUAAUAACGAUAUAAAUAUGAUUGAAAAAAAAAAGCAAAACCACUCUGUAGAGAAGUAGCAAAUAAUCUAGUAAUAAAUGAUCAUGGAUAAGA